AGUGACAGCCAGGCUGCUGUCCCUGCAGGAGCCAGGAGCCAACCUCCGCCCGCUCACACCCCAGUGGCAUUACCCAAAGGGCUUUCCAGAGCUCACAUCUUCCUAACUCUCUUUCCCCAGGAGGGACUGGAGCCCUGCAUCCAGCCGGGCUUUGCUGCGAGCUAAAAUAUAAUUAAGAAAGAAAGAAGUGAGAAGCACAGAAGAACAAGAUGUUGGUGCUGUCUAACGACACAGCCCUGAAUUCACUCCUCUCCAAGCUGCUUCAGGACUACCUGGAGCAGACAAAUAGCUCUGCAGCUUCCCAGGUCAGAAGUGCCAGCAACAACCUUGAAAUCAUCUACGUGCUACUGAUGAUCGGCCUCUUUGGCUUCUUCACUGUGGGAGUCAUGCUGACCAACAUCCGCGCCAGGAGGCUGGAGGACUCCCGCGACCCCUACAAUACCUACAUUGCCACAGACAUUUGGCACAAGAAGGACAGGGAGUAUUUUCAAGCCAAGCUCAUAGAAAGUUACAAGCUGUGCUGUGUCUUUGAAAACCAGCUGGCCGUGGAGCAGCCAACCAUGCAGAUUCCUGAGGCAAAGUCUUCCUAGCAAAAUGAGAGAAAGAAUUACACUUUGCACAGGGACAACCCGCCUGAUAC